AUGGCUAUCCUUGUUAUAUCAGGGAAGUCCACAACACUAGCAAAAUUAGCUAUACCAGAUGUUGGUUCUUGUUUGUACUGUGCUAUUGUAAUAUUUUGCCUACUUCUAUUGAGCUCAGUAGAAGAGAACUCUGCAAUGAAAGGAAACCAGCCGUUCCUGAUUAUGAGGCCUUGUGAUGAAAUAUACGUUGUUGGAGAAGGUGAAACUCUGCAUACCAUCAGUGACAAGUGUGAUGACCCAUUCAUAGUUGAGCAAAAUCCACAUAUCCAUGACCCUGAUGAUGUUUUCCCUGGACUUGUCAUCAAGAUCACUCCUAACCUUACAUAG